CUACCUGAAAUUACAUGUCACAUUUCCAGUGAAGGCUUAAUGCGGUGGCAGUUUUAGCUUUCUGCAAAGAUUUCAAGCUUUUUUCCCACUAAAUACGUUUGCUGUGUUGUUACUUUAUUCAUCAUUCAGGAUUCAGCGCUUCCUAGUGGAAGGACGUUCAUUCUGGGCUGCUGAGAGAAGAAAGUCAGCCUGGCAGCGGAUUGUAUCUACGAGCUUCACUUUCAGCUGUGCAAGUAACCGAACUUCAGUCAGGCUGUUCAUGCACAUUGAUUAUUAAGGAAGACCAGGGGAGAGGACGAAGACGAAGAGGAGCAAAGACUUGGAGAAAGUGACGAAAGCUGAGAGAAAGUGACAAAGUAGCUGGCUCGGGGGAGAGAAGAAGAUAAGUUGCAUAAUUCUGUCGCCCAUGGGUGAAGGUGGAUGAGAAGUUACAGUUGAGGAGUCUAUCUGACACGGGAGGAGGAGCAGCAGCCUUGGGGGGGACCACCAAAUCAGCCUUCUUCCAACAACAACAACAAGACAGGAUGAGGUACCAAGGCAGGGAGGUGGAUGUUGAAGGAAGAGUCCGUCUGGUGAUGGAGAGCGCCCUGACCGCCCGGGACCGGGUCGGGGUUCAGGACUUUGUCUUGCUUGAAAACUACAACAGUGAAGCAGCUUUCAUAGAGAACCUACGCAGACGCUUCGGGGAAAACCUCAUCUAUACGUAUAUUGGCUCAGUGUUGGUGUCGGUGAACCCUUAUAAAGAGCUGGAGAUCUACUCCAAGCAGCAGAUGGACCGCUACAGAGGGGUCAGCUUUUAUGAAAUAUCGCCUCACAUCUACGCCCUGUCAGACAACACUUACCGGGCCAUGCGGACCGAGAGGAAGGACCAGUGCAUCCUGAUCUCAGGUGAGAGCGGAGCGGGAAAAACCGAGGCGUCCAAGAAGAUCCUCCUCUACUACGCUGUCACCUGCCCCACUAAUGACCACAUGGCGACCCUCGGAGAGCGCCUCCUGCAGUCUAACCCUGUUCUGGAGGCAUUUGGAAACGCCAAAACACUGAGGAAUGACAAUUCCAGUCGCUUUGGAAAAUACAUGGAUGUCCAAUUUGACUUCAGGGGGGCACCAGUGGGUAGUCACAUCCUGAACUACCUGCUGGAGAAAUCACGUGUCGUGCACCAGAACCACGGCGAGAGGAACUUCCACAUCUUCUAUCAGCUUCUGGAUGGAGGAGAUGAUGACCUGCUCACCACACUGGACCUGGAGAGAAACCCUCAGAACUACCACUAUCUAGUCAAGGGCAACUGUCCCAGACUCAGCUCCGUCAGUGACAAGAAUAAUUGGAAAGUAGUGAUCAAGGCCUUGUCUGUUAUCGGCUUCACAGAGGAAGACGUGCAGAAAUUGCUGAAUAUCAUCGCCAGCGUUCUCCAUCUGGGAAACACUCAGUUUGGGGAAGGAGAGGAAGGAGAAACUUAUAUCACCACUGAGACUCAGAUCACGAAUCUUGCGAAGCUGCUGGGUGUUGAUGGCUCGGCCCUCCGGGAGGCCCUCACUCACAAGAAACUCACUGCCAAAGGAGAGGAGAUGAUCAGCCCUCUGAGUUUUGAGCAGGCAGUGUCUGCCCGCGACGCUUUAGCCAAAGCAGUGUACGGUCGGACCUUCACCUGGUUGGUGGAGAAGAUCAACCAGUCGCUGGCCCCGAAGGAAGAAAUCUACCACAGCGGGAAGGCCUGCUCAGUUAUAGGGCUCCUCGAUAUCUACGGCUUUGAGGUCCUACAACACAACAGUUUUGAGCAGUUCUGCAUCAAUUACUGCAAUGAGAAGCUCCAGCAGCUGUUCAUUGAGCUCACCCUGAGAUCUGAGCAGGAGGAGUAUGAGACGGAGGGAAUUGCAUGGGAAACAGUGCAAUACUUUGACAACAAGAUCAUUUGUGACCUGAUCGAGGAGAAGCACAAAGGCAUCAUCUCCAUUCUGGAUGAGGAGUGUUUGAGGCCUGGAGAGACCUGUGAUGUUUCCUUUUUAGAGAAGUUGGAAGACACACUGGGCGGCCAUCCACAUUUUGUCACUCACAAGUUGGCAAAUGGAAAAACUCGCAGGGUAAUGAGUCGGGAGGAGUUCAGGCUGCUGCAUUACGCUGGAGAAGUCAACUAUAAUGUCAAUGGUUUCCUGGACAAGAACAAUGAUUCUCUGAGCAGGAACCUGAAAGAGGUCAUGUGCCAGUCAGAUAACCAGAUCCUGAGUCACUGCUUCCGCAGAGAGGAAGUGAUAGACCAGAAACGCCCAGAGAUGGCUGCAACCCAGUUUAAAAACAGCCUGACGAAACUAAUGGAGAUCCUCAUGUCUAAAGAGCCGUCCUACGUACGCUGUAUCAAACCUAAUGAUGCCAAGCAGCCAGGAAGGUUUGAUGAAGUCCUGGUCAGACACCAGGUGAAGUACCUGGGCCUGAUGGAGAACCUGAGGGUGAGGAGAGCUGGCUUCGCCUAUCGACGUCGCUUUGAAGCCUUCCUGCAGAGGUACAAGCCCCUGUGUCCUGAGACGUGGCCCAACUGGCACGGCAGACUGGCAGAUGGUGUCUCGACUCUGGUCAACCACCUCGGCUACAAACCAGAGGAGUACAAACUGGGCAGGUCGAAAAUCUUCAUUCGUUUCCCGAAAACUCUCUUCACCACUGAGGAUGCGCUAGAAGCGAAAAAGCCAGAUAUCGCUUUGGCCCUGCAGACGUCAUGGAGAGGCUACAGAGAGAGAGCCAAGUACCAACGCAUCAGACACGCAGUGAUUGUGAUCCAGUCUGGGUGGCGAGGGAUGAAAGCACGCAGGAGGGCUAGGAGGCGUCGCCAGGCCGCUGAGUUAAUACGCAGGCUAAUAAAGGGCUUCAUCUACCGCCAUGAGGAAUACUGCCCUGAGAAUGAGUAUUUCCUGGAUCAUAUCCGCUUCUCCUUCCUGAAGAAUCUACGUAAAAACCUGCCGACCAACGUGUUGGACAAAAGCUGGCCGGUGCCUCCUCCGCUCCUUGUUGAGGCCUCUGAGCACCUGCGGAGACUGAACAUGAGGAACAUGGUGAUGAAGUACUGCAGGAGGGUCCAGCCUGAGUGGAAGAAGCAGAUGAUGCAGAAGGUUGUAGCCAGUGAGAUCUUCAAGGAUCAGAAGGACAGCUACCCUCAGAGUGUUGGGAGGCUGUUUUUGGACUCCAGGCUGGAACGUGAGCAGAUCAGUCUCAAAGUUGUCCAGACCCUCGGCAAUGACAAAGUGCAGUACGGUGUCCCAGUGGUGAAGUAUGACAGGAGGGGGUUCAAGCCCCGCCCUCGCCAGCUGCUCCUCACCAACACCUUCGCUGUGCUGGUGGACAGAACCAAGAUCAAACAGAAGAUCGACUACAGCGCUCUGAGAGGGAUCUCUGUGGGCUCUCUCAGCGACGGGAUGUUUGUCCUGCACAUGCCUAACGAGGACACCAAGCAGAAGGGCGAUGUGGUGCUUCACUGCAACCAUGUGAUUGAGCUGGUGACAAAACUAGCCAUGAUGGCCAGCAAGGUCAACUACGUCAACAUCAGCCCGGGCAGUAUUAGGUUUGCUGUGGCACGAGGCAAGGAGGGAAUCAUUGAUUUCAUCAGGGGUUCAGAGCUGAAGGUGGCCAAAGGCAAGCGAGGACAUCUGCUCGUGACCGCCCCACGGAUCAACAACACAUGAAGAAACAGACAACAACAACCAGACUAACGGAUCGCCCCUCAGAAGUUAUCAUGCGUUAGUUUGUAGCCACACAACAUACUCAACAGAAGGAUUAAUAUGCAUCAAAAUAUUUACAAGAAUGUCUUCGAUGUUGCGAUAAUGACUGAUCCUUUUUCUUUUUUUUAGAAAAUCAUAACAUGAAGUCGUUUUAAAUGCUUCAUCUCUUUAUUUUCAAUCAUACAUAAAUAUAUUUCAGCUCUCUUAUCAAAUAUAAAAUAUAAUAAUAAUGUUAAACACUGUAUCUCUAUACUGUAAGAAAAUAAACCACUUUGAAAUAAA